AUGAGCUUCCACAUUUUGACCGGCAAUCUCUACAUCGUUGAUGCCUUUCUUGGUCUAUUUGUGGUGGGAUUGGAAGGAGGGCUUGCAACCAAACUUGCCACUAGUGCAGAUGGUGUGCCUUUCCGCUUUCUCACAGGUGUGGAUAUCGACCAAUUGAAAGGAACUGUUUAUUUCUCCGACCUUAGUGAAACUUACGACCUAAGAAACGUCACACAGCCAAAUUUCAAACCUGACUCAAGUAGUGGAAGAUUGUUGAAGUAUGACCCCAUAGAAAAGGAGGUUAUUGUUUUGAUGCAGGGAAUCAAUGGUUCAUCUGGGCUAGCACUCAGUGUGGACAACACAUUCAUCGCCUUUUCAGAGUUUUUCAAUGAUAGGAUUCUAAAGUUCCAUCUCAUAGGUCUGGAUGCGAAUACAACCGAGGUUCUCUUAAACUUCAAUGAAAACCCGACUAAAAUCAAGAGGACAAUAUUGGGAGAUUUCUGGGUGGCGGAAGACAUUGGAGAUGAAGAGAAUGAACCAGUUACUAAACCACAAGGGAUAAGGUUCAAUGCGUUCGGUGGAGUGCUCGAAACAAAGGAUUUUUCUGCCCAAUAUGACCAUGCUAGUCUCCACACUAUUAUAGAGCAUAAUGGAGCAUUAUAUACAGGGUCUCGGUCUGCCACAAUUGAUUUCAUUGGUAUAUAUACACAACAACCGACGAACUAUCAUGUGGCAUCAAAAUAA